AUGGAUAAACCUCUAGAAAGCAUUCCUUCUGAUUUGACAGAUAAAAGUUCUUCAUCCUUACCUAGCAUUAGUGAACUCAUGAACAAAGUUAAUGUUAGGACAAACUUUUUGCAACCUCCUAUUCCAAACAUUGUACUAGCAAGUGAUUGUGUAUCAGAAAGUUCAAUUGAGAAAGUCACUAUCAGGAGUAAAGAUUUAAAGAGAAAACGAUUACACUAUUCUUCUUCAGAAUCUGAUUAUGUUUCAGAAAGUUCAACUAAGACAGUCAAUACCAGAAGUAAAUAUUUAAAGAAAAAAUGCAUACAACAUACUCCUUCAGAAUCCGAUUCUAACGAAAAUUCUACUGAAGUUACUAAUAUUGAUAAUUCUGAUAUUAACGAGGAGAUUGAUUCUAAUAUAACUGAAAGUGAAAGUACUGAAGACAACCCUUAUAUACGGAUUAAUGGUCGAUUCUUGGUCGAUUUUCGACAUUUGAAAAUAGCACAGCAACAUGAAAAAAAAUCAGCUAGUUCAAAAUCAUGGAAUAAUGAAAGCGAAUAUAAAGAGAUGGACAUUCAAGUUGAAUAUAAUAAUACCUGGAAAAUGUCAAAUAAUUCUUCUAGCUAUAAAAGUGAUUUAGAAAAUUCUAUUGUACUAAAUAUUAAUUUAGAUGCUUUAAAAAAGUCAGCAUCAAAUGUAUUUCAAGUACAAUGUAUCUCUAUACAAGAAUUUAACGAAAGAGGAUUUCAUAAAAAGACAGAUAGUGAGGUGGCAAUUAUGGAGUAUAUUCAUUUAAAUACGCAUAUCCCUGUUCCCAAAAAUAAUCUCAAUAUAAAAAAAAAGAAUUUAUUUCUUUUAAAAAUUAUUGACAUUCAAUUGGCAUUUAAAGAACAUAUGUUUUCAAAAAUUGGUAGCAUUUUUUUCGAUGGUAAAAAUGAUCAAUUUAAAAUUGGUCAAGUGAUUGAAAGUAUCUUUUUUACUGGUGAGCAGGCAACUUUACCCACUAUGGAACGGUGUCCUUUCAAAACAACAAAGGAAUAUAUCUUAGCAGUUAUUCGAAAUCAGAUGCAUUACUAUAGCAUGUUUAAAUCUACAAAAAAGCAAAAGUGUUUAAUUCCAAAAUAUGAAGAACUAUAUCAAUUAGUACCAAAAUAUUUUCAGAAUGAUGGAAAUGACAUGUUUGUAUUAACACAUAUAGACUUUCACACAUUAAACAUUUUUGUCAAGAAUGAUAAAAUAACAGGAGUCAUAGAUUGGGAAUGA